AUGGUCAAAUUCGACUUUCUCCGAUCCGUGGGCGCCACGAAAGAGGCCGUCGCCGUGCUCAACGACCAGCCCAACCUCUUUACCAACCUCAUCGUCGUCCUCAUCGGCCUGGGCGUGCAGGCCACCCUGCUGUGGUACAUUCACUACGCUACGCUCAAGCCAGAGCAGAAGAAGAAGAAGAACAAGGAAAAAAAGGGCGGUGCGGCUGCGGCGCGUGGCCGGGGAGGGGAUAACGCGAGAAAAUAA